AGACAUCCGAAACUCCCGUCAGCCAACAAAACACCGUGCUCGCUGUCGCGAACCAGACCCGGAUCUGGAAGCGGGGUUCCCGAGGCAGAAAUGGUCACACUCAGCUAUCUCGAAAGAUAGAGUCUGCCAACAUACCUACAUACCGGGACGAACGAAUACAGAAACUAAUACUUACCAUCAGUCACCUUUAUACCUUGUCAGAAGCCCGACUACGUAACACUCUCACUAUCAGAAAACGGCUUGACUAUAUCCUAGCCAUCUCCUCCAUUCAUUCGAUGGGGGCCCGGAGUACGCGGCCCGAAAACGAGAAAUUCAGACCCAGCAGCCCGACAUCACGGUCCUCAAGCAGCGGCGUUGAUACUCCGACAGACACCACUAUGGGGGACGACUCGAAAAGCAGCUUUGAUCCUUUCGCACCCGGGGGAUCCCCCGAGAUGCACGUUGUGCCAUGGCCCGGCAAGACCUUUGCCAUCCGAGAGCACGCUGGCCAUCGGUACCUCACGCUCGUCGACGGCGAACUUCGGGCGGUGGAUAAUGUGGGCAUGCAGGGCGGGUGGUACUGGACGUGCAAAGAGCAGGGCGGCUGGCUCGGUUUCCUCAAUCCGGUGUCUGGCACGUACAUGGGCCAUAACGGCAAGGGGGAGUUCUGGGCCAAGUACAACUACCACAAGGUCCAGGAGUCGUUCUGCGCCACCCAGCACCCGCAGGGCGGUUACCUCUUGCUGACUAGGCGCGACAGUUCACUGGUAAAGAUGACUAUCGCAGAGAACGGAAGCGGCCUCGUCCAGACGGAGAGCGCAGGGACGCAAUGGGACUUCUUGGAAGUGUAGAGCCCGUUACCCGGACACCAUUCUCUCCCUCUCGCAGCGGCGGGCCAGAUGAAAGGGCCGGAAGUGUGUUGUCGUGAGGUACGUUGGACAGUGAGGUAGGAUAAUGUUCUGACGAAGGCUUCGCGGAAAACGGAUGCCAAAUUGACAAGGGAAUCGAGUGUACGGGUCGUGAAACGA